UGCAGUGGGUCAGAUUGUUUUCAGUGCUGAUGAUGCCGAAGAAUGGCAUGCACAAGGAAAGAAUGCCAUCUUGGUGAGAACAGAAACUAGUCUGGAGGAUGUCGGUGGCAUGCACGCAGCCACCGGAAUUCUGACUGCAAGAGGUGGCAUGACCUCUCAUGCGGCUGUGGUCGCACGUGGCUGGGGAAAAUGUUGUGUUUCUGGAUGCUCAGAGAUCCGUGUAAAUGAUGCGGACAAGAUUGUUGUGAUUUGGGACAAAGUGCCAAGGGAAGGUGAGUGGCUAUCACUUAAUGGGUCAACAGGAGAAGUGAUCAUGGGGAAGCAACCGCCCUCACCUCCAGCUCAAGUGGCGAUUUGGGGACAUUCAUGUCUUGGGUUGAUGAACUAAGGUAUCUCAAGGUUAUGGCAAAUGCUGACACACUUGGGGAUGCACUAACGGCAAGAAACAAUGGUGCACAAGGGAUC